GCUCUCUGGUAAUUCAAUUCCAAGCUUCUUUCUCUCAUUCUCUCUCUCUCUUUCUCUCUCUCUCUCUGAACUCUCAUGAUACACAUAUGGAGAAAAUAAAUGAGUCGUCUGGUGCAAUCGGAUGUGGUAUAAUUGGUGUAGUAUUAUUGAGCUUGAUAUGGGGAUCAUGGAGAAUAUUGAAUUGGGUAUGGUUAAGACCGAAGAAGCUAGAGAGUUGCCUCAGAAAACAAGGUCUCAAUGGAAACUCAUACAAGCUCUUCUUCGGAGACCUAAAAGAGAGUUCCGCCAUGGAUAAAGAAGCUAGCUCCACUCGCAUCAGCAUCUCCGAUGACGCAGUGCCUAGUCGUGUCUUGCCCUUCCUUCAUACCCAAAUCUCCAACUACGUUGCAGGAAAGAAGUCUUUUACGUGGUUUGGACCAAUACCUAGUGUUAACAUCGUGGACCCUGAACUUGUAAAGGAGGUCUUGUCUAAGAAUUUCAACUAUCAAAAGACCAAGUCAAAUCCAUUUGUCAAGUUGUUAGACAAUGGACUAACUAGCCUUGAUGGUGAGCAAUGGGCUAAACACAGAAAAAUCAUCAACCCGGCUUUCCAUAUGGAGAAGUUGAAGCAUAUGGUACCUGCAUUUUAUUUGUGCUGUAGUGAGAUGAUAAACAAAUGGGAGAACAAUAUUGCCUCAACAGAAGGGUCAUGUGAGGUGGAUGUGUGGCCUUAUCUUCAAACUUUGACUAGCGAUGUGAUAUCUCGCGCAGCUUUUGGUAGCAACUAUGAAGAUGGAAGAAAGAUAUUCAAACUUCAGAAAGAACUAAUUGCACUUAUAAUCCAGACUGCAAGUACAGUUUACAUCCCAGGCGCGAGGUUUUUGCCAACUAAGAGGAACAGGAGGAUGAAAGAAAUUGGUAAAGAAAUACACGCUACACUGAGUGUUAUCAUCAAUAAAAGGAUGAAGGCAAUGAAGGAAGGAGAAACUAGUAAAGACGACUUACUGGGUAUAUUACUAGAAUCCAAUCUCAGAGAAAUUGAACAACAUGGGAAUAACAGGAAAGAUGGAAUGGCUAUUGAAGAAGUUAUUGAAGAGUGCAAGCUAUUCUACAUUGCUGGGCAGGAGUCCACGUCGGUUUUGCUAGUGUGGACUAUGAUUUUAUUAAGUAGGCAUCAAAAUUGGCAACAACGUGCAAGGGAAGAGGUAUUACAAGUAUUUGGGAACCACAAACCCAACUUUGAUGGCUUAAAUCGCCUCAAAAUUAGCAAGGUUCAACAGACUCUGGAGAUCUUUGCAAGGUAACAAUGGUGUGCUGACAUCAUUAUCCGCACGAUGACGUCAGCAUAGUGUCAGGUCCGUACGGACGACUUGAUUUGGGAAAACCCUUGUCUGAUUCAAAAUUUCGUCCUGGUAUUUAUGGAUAUUUUUACACAAUUAAUUGGAGACAUCUGAUGUAAGUUUUUGAUUUUUGAAUGUUUUUCGGCAAUAUUGUGGCCCAUCUUGUGAUAUAUGAUUCCAGCACCUGUUGCCUAGUUUUGGUUGUUAAAACAUCAUCUAUGGGAGCUGACUGAACCUGUUAGGGCUUUCUUUGAUGUUUGUUUGAUGUCUUGGCGCAUUUGGGGUUGAGAUAUCAUUCCUUUUUGGCAUUUCUCUACCUAUUUCAGCACACUGUUGUUGGUCUGAUUGCUUGUCUAUGGCUGGAACAGCUCUAUAACUACUUUAAUUAGGUAAUUUGGAUUGUUGGUUAUUGGUGUUGGGUGGUUCUUCAGGUGGUUUUGUUCUAUAGUUUUUUUUUGGGUAUUUGUUUACUACCUGGGUCUGAUGGCUGAUGCAUUACCUCCAGCAGUGAAGGCUGAGUAUCUCACUCUCCUUUGGUCAAAGAUGAUGACUUGCCUAAGUCUGUUACUACCAAAAAAUUGAAUGUUUAAACUAUCUUGCUUGAGCUCAUGCUGUUAAUGUUUUUUUGCGAGAUAAGAAAAAAUUGCGUUCCAUUACUGCACUUCCUCUAUCUGAAACGGAUACCACUUAUGAUGAUUGGUGCAGCGAGAAUUCUUGUGUUAUGGGUUGGCUUUGGCAUAGCUUGGAACCUAUUGUUGCUACCACUGUUGAGUUUUGUGAGACGUCUAAGCAAAUUUGCGACUCUCUCGUUGAUUCUUUUUUGCAUCAGAGUGGUGUGUCUAGAGUGUAUGAUUGUACGAGCAGAUUUUUGCUACUAAGCAAUCUAGUUGAUCACCCUCUGAGUAUUAUAGCAGCCUUACACAUCUAUGGGAUCAGUUGUUACAACAUCGACCUUUCAGUAUGGACUUGGCCCAACAGUAGCAGCAUUGGGAGGAGUUUAUGGUUGCUUCUUUGCUCACUGGUUUAGAUUCCAAUUUGCGUGGCUUCAAGGAUUAGAUUUUGGCCAGCGAGAUUUUACCUUCAGCAGCCAAUGCAUAUUCUCACUUAUUAUGAUCUUCUUUGGGACACAAUUCUAGUAUUUCUGGCCUUACUCCUUUGAUUGGUGCUUUCUCCGCUUUGGUUUAUGGUCGGGUACCACAAUCAGUGGGUCUCGUGGUUCCCAAAGAGUAGUUCCCAUGGGAAUAGUUUUGUGAUAGUGGUUCAUAUCGUGGCUCACGUGUAGUGGUUCACGUGGUGGUCGUGGUCCAGCUUGUCAUGGUGACUAGAAAUGUGAUUAUUGUGGUUCCAUUGGUCAUACUGAGCCUUGGUGUUGGCAAAAGUAUGGCAAGACUAAUCAUGUAAAUCAGGUUACUGAUGUUGCUACCUCGACCCCGACUCCCUUUGGCUCUGUAGCUCAUCAUCUGAUUCUCAUGAGGCAUUCACUACUUGGAUUAAUGAGCUUACUUCUCUUCUUCGGUCUGCUCUUCCCUCAUCCUCUAUUGCCACCUUGGUGGGUUUAGGUAAUAUUGCAUGCAUGGCCCAAUCUAACCAACCUUGGCUUCUAGAUUUUGGUACUAGUUCUCACAUUUAUGGUAAUUCAUCAUUUUUUCAUGCUUUACAUCCUGUUACCCAUAAUAUUGUUCUUGCUGAUGGGUCCUCUCGGCCUGUUAGUGGGAUAAGUACCCUUCAUUCCACCCCUGUUUUAUCUUUACCCAUUAGUCUAUAUGUUCCUCAGUUUCUAUUUAAUUUGUUGUCUGUUAGUCAAUUGACUAAAGCUCUUCAUUGUUCCAUAACAUUUUCUCCUACUUCUUGUGUGUUGCAAGACCUCAAGACCAAGAAGAUGAUUGGUUUGGGGCAUGAGCAGCAAGGCCUUUAUUAUUUGGAUACUGACAGCUCCUGUCUUCCUCCGACUCCUAUUUUGAGUGCCACCAUUUCUCCUUUGCAAUGACAUUUUCGUGUGGGUCAUUCGUCUCUGGCCAAGUUGAAGCUUGCUGUUCCUGGUUUGAGUCAUGCGUCUACCCUAGAAUGUGAAACUUGUCAGCUUGGAAAGCAUCAUUGUAGUUCUUUUUCUAGUCAUAGUGUUAGAUGUGAGUUUGAGUCCUUUGAUGUAGUCCACACGGACAUAUGGGGUCCUUCUUGUACUUUCACCCUUUAUGGUUUUUUAUAUUUUGUUAUUUUUGAGGAUGAUUUCUCCCGAAUGACUUAGUUGUUUUUAAUGACAAAUCGCUCUAAGUUCCUCACAUAUUAUUCACGUUUUAUAAUGAAAUUGAUACUCAGUUUUGUAAGUAUAUUUAAGUGUUUUGUUCUGAUAAUGCCUUAGAGUAUAUUCAGUCUAUUGUUAACUCCUUUUGUGUUGGUCGGGGUAUUAUUCAUUAGACUACUUGUGCUCACACUUCUCAGCAAAAUGGGGUUGCUGAAUGGAAACACCGUCAUGUAUUAGAUGUUGCUUGUACCUUAUUAUUUUACAUGCAAGUGCCUAAACACUUCUGGGGCGUUGCUGUCCUUACAACAUGUUUUCUCAUUAAUCAUAUGCCAUCAGUUGUGUUGCAUAAUCAAUCUCUGUUCUCCUUGCUAUAUCCUUCUAGUUCCUCAUUCCGUUUUCCACCGCGGGUUUUUAGUUGAGUAGCAUUUUCUUAUGUUCUUGAUCUUAGUUAGGAUAAGUUGUUCCCCCUGUGCUCGCAAGUGUGUUUUUUUAGGCUAUUCUCGUACACAAAAGGGUUAUCAUUGUUAUCACUCCAAGUCCCGUCGUUAUUUAGUCAGUGUUAAUGUCACUUUUUUUUAGUCCACCUUGUUCUUCUCUACACAAGGCCAACAGUUGUCUCUAGAUUUGAUCUUGUGUCAUGAGGGGGAGCCUUUCUUUUCCUCAUCCACUCCUUUAUCUACUCUUCCCAUACCUGAUGUGUCAUUCUCUUCCACUCUUUCAUCUCAUCUUCUGCUGCCACAUGUGCCUCCCUUCCAUUUUCUCCAUUGCCCACUUUGUCUUCUCCAUUACAGGUCUAUUAGAGACCCCACAAUCGACGUUUAGUAUAUCUUCUCCGUUUGAGGUUCUUGUUCUCUCUUCUCCUCCAACCUUUGCUAAUUUGCCUAUUGCUUUGUGUAAAGGUAAACCUAUUUGCACUCAGCAUCCUAUUUCAAAGUUUGUUUCAUAUGCUCAUAUUUCUCUUGUUUUCCUUUCCUUUGCUUGUAGUUUGUCUUCUUUGUCUAUUCCCACUUCUUAUCGACAUGCUAUGUCCAGCUCUAGCUAGGAACAUGCUAUGGAUGAGAAGAUGCUUGCUCUCUACCAGAAUCAGACAUGGGAGCUCACUACUUUUCCCUCUAGGAAGCCUCUUGUUGGGUGUCGUUGGAUUUACACUGUUAAGUAUCUCCUUGAUGGCUUCGUUGAACGCCUUAAGGCUUGUUUAGUUGCAAAAGGCUACAUCCAAACUUAUGGUGUUGACUAUCAUGAGACCUUUUCCCCUAUGGCUUGUCUUAAUUCAGUUCAGAUACUCCGCUCUGUUGCUGUUAGUUGUUCUUAGCUCUUAUAUCAGCUUGACAUAAAAAAUGCCUUUCUCCAUUGUGAUUUGCAAGACGAGGUAUGUAUGGACCAAACUCUUGGUUAUGUUGUGAUUGGUUCUUAGCACCUUGUUUGUUGUUUGCGGAAGGCUUAAUUGAAAAGCUUAACCCAUACUUCUCCUUAAAACCCCGAUAUUAAGGAGAGGGACACUGGAGCCUUAUAACUAGUACAGAUGGGGUAAUUCUAGACGAUGUGGGACACAUUCCAACACACUCUCCUGGACCACAACAUACAGUAGUCGGACAAACGGCACACCAAUCACAGUCCCAACCAAGAUCUGAUACCAAAUUGAAAAAAAUAGGCCACACUGCUCCUUAAAACCCAAGCAUUAAAGAGAAGGAAACUAGAGCCUUAUAACUAGCAUAGAAGGGGCAACUCCAAACGAUGUAGGACACAUUCCAACACACCCUCCUGGACCAUAACAUACAGUAGCCGGACAAACGGCACACCAAUCACAGGCUCAACCAAGCUUUGAUACUAAGUUGGAAAGCCGAACCCACACUUCUCCUUAAAACCUAGGUAUUAAGGAGAGGGAAACUGGAGCCUUAUAACCAAUACAGAUAGGGCAAUUACAGGCGAUGUGGGACACAUUCUAACAUGCUUUAUAUGGAUUGAAGUAAUCUCCUCGUGCUUGGUUUGACCGCUUCAGUCAUGUUGUGCUUGCCUAUGGUUUUCAAAGAUCUACAUUUGAUCAUUCUGUUUUUGUUCGCUAGUCCUCUGGGGUUGUAGUCUUGAUUGUUUAUGUGGAUGAUAUCAUUUUUUUCGGCAGUGAUUCUCUUGGGAUUACUGAUUUGAAACACUAUUUAAGCAGUUUUAUACUAAGGAGCAACAUGUUUGCAUGAGAAACUACAAUUUCA